AAACACUCUUUGCAAAAAUUGGGAGGCUCAUUGGGUUUUUCCAAGACACAAAUGUGGAUUUUAAGAAGUGAAGCAAACAGAUAACUACAGAAAGUCAAAAUCAAACGCCCCCUUCAUAAAUAAUCGCCAUUAACAUCUAUGCUAUCUUCGCACGCACGCCCCCUUCAUAAAUAAUCACCAUUAACGCACACUGACACACACAGUCACGCAAAUCAAGAAGCACUCAGUAAUAAAUUACACAUGGUUUGUCUAGGCAUGGCGGUGGUGUCAAUGGCGAAACCCUCGUUUCUACGAGCCGAACAACCUUCAGCUUCUGAUAUCUCCGCCGCAACCUCUCCUGGAUCCUCCUCCUCUCGCCGCCGUGACAUCGUGUUCAUCGUCAAUCCUCAAGGUGCUAAUGGUCGGACGGGGAGAGAAUGGAAGAAGCUGCUGCCGUAUCUUAGGUCUCGCCUUGGUAGCGAUUGUAAUAUAUGCGAAUCUUUGACUUCGGGUCCAUCUCAUGCGAUAGAUAUAACAAGGGAGGCAAUACGUGAGGGUGCUGAUGCAGUUGUGGCAGUUGGAGGUGAUGGGACUCUUCACGAGGUUGUUAAUGGAUUCUUUUGGGGUGGAAAACCAGUUACUAAACAUGAUUCAAAAGCUCCACGUACAACAUCUCUUGGAUUAAUCCCCUUGGGAACUGGAUCUGAUUUUGCAAGAACAUUUGGCUGGACAAAUGAUCCUGUUGAUGCCAUUGAACGCAUAGUUAAAGGGUCAAGAUCAAGAAUCGAUGUAGGAGUAAUCUCUAAAGAAGGUGGAGAUUUGCAUUACUUCAUAAAUGUUGCUGAUAUUCAUUUGAGUGCAAAAGCAGGGUUUCAUGCAUCUAAAUACAAAAGAUUUGGGAGUUUGUGUUAUGUAAUUGGUGCAUUGCAAGCCUUUUUUGGACAUCAGAAUCAAGACCUAAAGAUCAAAGUGAAUGAUGGGGAGUGGGAAGUGUAUCCAAAGGUAACGGCUCUAUGCAUCGGAAAUGCACAAUUCUUUGGUGGUGGAAUGAGGAUCACUCCCAAUGCUCAUCCUUCAAAUGGAAAAUUUGAGGUGGUGAUACUUCAGGAUUUCAAAUGGUAUGACUUUCUUAUGAAGUUACAUAAGCUAUACAACGGGACACAUUUAUCAGUGAAUAAUGUCUUGUCAAGAAGAGGAACUAAAUCCACAAUGAAAUGCAAACUUAAGGGAUGACGUCUCAGGAAGAUCUCAAAAAUCUGACCAAACUUGUCAUUUUGAGUUAAGCACAGGGACCAUAUUUGUAAUUUACUCUACCUUGCGAUAAUAAGUUUAGCUACAUCUAAAUAUGAAAUUGAUUAUCCCACCCUUAAAUAAUCAGAUUAUACAAGCAAAAGUAGGUUACCCGUUAUCCGAACACGAAACACCAGAAAACUAAUUAUUGUGAAUUUUUCGUAAGUAUAAAGUUGUUGGAAUUUUCAUGA